UAAUCGAAUUAUUCCACUUGUUGCGGGAUAUAAAGCAACGAAAGGGCCAAUCCAAAUCAGACGUUAUUAAAGACUAGAGAUAUAAUGAGUAUACUUCCAGUUUCUAGUCUGAUUGGGUCUUGGCCGAAUUGUGGACCAAAUUUCCUAUAUCACCCUAUUGCGCGUGUUUGUCUCCCGACUGGGGUUAUCAGACCUUAUGAUCCAAUCAUUCCGGACCUGGGACAUAUAAAAAUUCCAGAAGUAGAUUUUGGAGGUAUGCUCGGAGGAGGAUCUGGAGGAAGUGCAGUAGGGGGUCCUGGUGGAAAACCUAAGGGAAAUACUGGAGGAAGUUGUGGUGGAGGAUCUGGAGGAAGUGCAGUAGGGGGUCCUGGUGGAAAACCUGUGGGAAAUACUGGAGUAAAUAUUGGAGGAGGAUCUGGAGUAUAUCCUGGAGGAGGAUCAGGAGGAAGUCCUGGAGGAGGAUCUGGAGGAAGUUCUGGAGGAGGAUCUGGAGGAAGUCCUGGAGGAGGAUCUGGAGUAAGUCCUGGAGGAGGAUCUGUAGGAAGUCCUGGAGAAGGAUCUGGAGUAAGUUCUGGAGGAGGAUCUGGAGUAAGUCCCGGAGGAGGAUCUGGAGGAAGUCCUGGAGGUCUGAUAAGGCCUUGGACGAAUUGUGGACCAAAUUUCCUAUAUCACUUUAUUAUGCGUGUUUGUCUCCCAACUGGGGUUAACAGACCUUAUGAUCCAAUCAUUCUGGAUCUGGAACCAAUAAAAGGAGGAUCUGGAGUAAGACCUGGAGGAGGAUCUGGAGAAAGUCCUGGAGGUCUGAUUUGGCCUUGGCCGAAUUGUGGACCAAAUUUCAUAUACAACCCUUUUGCGCACGUUUGUCUCCCGACUGGGGUUAUAAAAAUUCCAGAAAGUCCUGAAGGAGGAUCUGGAGGAAGUUUUGGAGGAGGAUCUGGAUUAGGUCCAGGAGGAGGACCUGGAGUAAGUCCUGGAGGAGGAUCUGGAGGAAGUCCUGGAGGAGGAUCUGGAGGAAGUCCUGGAGGUCUGAUUGGGCCUUGGCCGAAUUGUGGACCAAAUUUCAUAUACAACCCUUUUGCGCACGUUUGUCUCCCGACUGGGGUUAUAAAAAUUCCAGGAAGUCCUGAAGGAGGAUCUGGAUUAGGUCCAGGAGGAGGAUCUGGAGUAAGUCCUGGAGGAGGAUCUGGAGAAAGUCCAGGAGGAGGAUCUGGAGUAAGACCUGGAGGAGGAGCUGGAGGAAAUCCUGGAGGAGGAUCUGGAGGAAGUCCUGGAGGAGGAUCUGGAGAAAGUCCAGGAGGAGGAUCUGGAGUAAGACCUGGAGGUCUGAUUGGGCCUUGGCCGAAUUGUGGACCAAAUUUCAUAUACAACCCUUUUGCGCACGUUUGUCUCCCGACUGGGGUUAUCAGACCUCAGGAUCCAAUCUUUCCGGAUCUGGGAGGAGGAUCUGUAGUAAGUCCUGGAGGAGGAGCUGGAGGAAAUCCUGGAGGAGGAUCUGGAGGAAGUCCUGGAGGUCUGAUUGGGCCUUGGCCGAAUUGUGGACCAAAUUUCAUAUACAACCCUUUUGCGCACGUUUGUCUCCCGACUGGGGUUAUCAGACCUCAUGAUCCAAUCUUUCCGGAUCUGGGAGGAGGAUCUGUAGUAAGUCCUGGAGGAGGAUCUGGAGGAAGUCCUGGAGGAGGAUCUGGAGGAAGUCCUGGAGGUCUGAUUGGGCCUUGGCCGAAUUGUGGACCAAAUUUCAUAUACAACCCUUUUGCGCACGUUUGUCUCCCGACUGGGGUUAUCAGACCUCAGGAUCCAAUCUUUCCGGAUCUGGUAGGAGGAUCUGUAGUAAGUCCUGGAGGAGGAGCUGGAGGAAAUCCUGGAGGAGGAUCUGGAGGAAGUUCUGGAGUCGGAUCUGGAGGAGGAUCUGGAGGAAGUCCUGGAGGUCUAAUUGGGCCUUGGCCGAAUUGUGGACCAAAUUUCAUAUACAACCCUUUUGCGCACGUUUGUCUCCCGACUGGGGUUAUCAGACCUCAGGAUCCAAUCUUUCCGGAUCUGGGAGGAGGAUCUGUAGUAAGUCCUGGAGGAGGAGCUGCAGGAAAUCCUGGAGGAGGAUCUGGAGUAAGUCCUGGAGGAGGAUCUGGAGUAAGUCCUGGAGGAGGAUCUGGAGGAAGUCCUGGGGGAGGAUCUGGAGGAAGUCCUGGAGGAGGAUCUGGAGAAAGUCCAGGAGGAGGAUCUGGAGUAAGACCUGGAGAAGGAUCUGGAGGAAGUCCUGGGGGGGGAUCUGGAGGAAGUCCUGGAGGAGGAUCUGGAGGAAGUCCUGGAGGAGGAUCUGGAGGAAGUCCUGGAGGAGGAUCUGGAGGAAGUCCUGGAGGAGGAUCUGGAGUAAGUCCUGGAGGGGGAUCUGGAGUAAGUCCUGGAGGGGGAUCUGGAGUAAGUCCUGGAGGAGGAUCUGGAGUAAGUACUGGAGGAGGAUCUGGAGGAAGUCCUGGAGGAGGAUCUGGAGGAAGUCCUGGAGGAGGAUCUGGAGUAAGUCCUGGAGGAGGAUCUGGAGUAAGUCCUGGAGGAGGAUCUGGAGUAAGUACUGGAGGAGGAUCUGGAGGAAGUCCUGGAGGAGGAUCUGGAGUAAGUCCUGGAGGAGGAUCUGGAGUAAGUCCUGGAGGGGGAUCUGGAGUAAGUCCUGGAGGGGGAUCUGGAGUAAGUCCUGGAGGAGGAUCUGGAGGAAGUCCUGGAGGAGGAUCUGGAGGAAGUCCUGGAGGAGGAUCUGGAGAAAGUCCAGGAGGAGGAUCUGGAGUAAGUCCUGGAGAAGGAUCUGGAGUAAGUCCUGGAGGAGGAUCUGGAGUAAGUACUGGAGGAGGAUCUGGAGGAAGUCCUGGAGGGGGAUCUGGAGUAAGUCCCGGAGGAGGAUCUGGAGGAAGUCCUGGAGGAGGAUCUGGAGUAAGUCCUGGAGGAGGACCUGGAGGAAGUCCUGGAGGAGGAUCUGGAGUAAUUACUGGAGGAGGAUCUGGAGUAAGUCCUGGAGAAGGAUCUGGAGUAAGUCCUGGAGGGGGAUCUGGAGUAAGUCCUGGAGGAGGAUCUGGAGGAAGUCCUGGAGGAGGAUCAGGAGUAAGUACUGGAGGAGGAUCUGGAGGAAGUCCUGGAGGAAGUCCUGGAGGAGGAUCAGGAGUAAGUCCUGGAGGAGGACCUGGAGGAAGUCCUGGAGGAGGAUCUGGAGUAAGUACUGGAGGAGGAUCUGGAUUAAAUCCUGGAGGAGGAUCUGGAGUAAGUCCUGGACGAGGAUCUGGAGGAAGUUCUGAAGGAGGAUCUGGAGGAAGUCCUGGAGGACCCUCUGGAGAAGGUCCUGGAAGACCCUCUGGAGGAGGUCCUGGAGGACCCUCUGGAGGAGGUCCUGGAGGACCCUCUGGAGGAGGUCCUGGUGGCAGUACUGUGAAUGGCUCUGGAGGAACCGCUGGAGGUUCCGAAAACAUAAAUAUUAACCAGAUUGAAAUUGAACCUAAGGCUUGAUCCUGGAUAAUACAUUUUAUGGUUCAACUUAAAUGUAAUUGUUGAAAGAAAAGUAAAAUAAAAUGAUAUAAAAACAUAUAAGAGAAAAGA